AUGGCUUCCAACGCUGUUACCGAGCGGAGAAAUAAGCAAAUACAAGAUGCUAUCGAUGGACAGAAUUUAAAGCAGGCAUUGCAGCUGUGUGAAAAGCGGCUGAAGAAGGGCGAGGACUCGUCUUUUUUAAAGGCAUGGAAAGCAAAUAUUCUCUUCAGCCAUGCGGACGAUGCGCAUCGACAGCGCGGUAUUGCGGAAACCCUCCAACUGUGCAGCUCAACCCCACCUGUCACCGACCUUGAAGCUCUGAAUAUACUACAAGAUACACUGAACGAGGUGGGAGGACAUGGAGACACAGCUCGAGCACUAUGGCAGAACGCGGCAAAGGCAAAACCUCAAGACCUGGAAGUCCAAUUGAGGUGGUUCCGUGUCUCGUCUGAUGCCGGGGAUUGGAAGACCGCUCAAAAGGCGGCCAUGAGUCUACAAAACAAUUUCCCCAAAACGAGGAAAUACUACUUCUGGGCCAUCUUUAUGUGCUACUUGAUUGCAAACGACACGGCAAGCUCGGAGACUGACCGCAAAUUAUUCGGAACACUUGCCUAUCGUAUGAUAUCAAAGGCUGCGGGUAGUGUGCCCACAGACCCGAAAGAAUUGUUGAGCAUACCACGGGCUAUUCAAACAGCGGAAGAGCUGUUUUUGCUAAUUAAGAUUUACGAAAGUCAAUCCCGCAACGAUGAACUCAUUGAACUGCUGAACAGCGAACAUUUGGGUGUCACAUCGCGCAUCGCCCAGAAUGAGUGGUUGUUUGUAACAAACAAGUUAUCAGUUAUCGAGAAAGGUGGGCAUUGGGAGCAGGCAAUAUCUUUCACAAAAGAAUUGUUGACACUCGAUGAUAGCGUGACGGCGGAAUCAAAGCCGGAUGCCAAAUAUGAAGAGAGGGAUGAUUGGAAAGUAUGGAACUUACUUCUUCUAGCCACUAAGAAAAUAGAAAAACCGGAGGCAUUCCGAGAGACUGAAGAGGUCAUUUCAAAUUAUAUCAAAAAGCGUCCGGCCUCAAGAAAUGCUCAGCUAGCAAGUCUCGAAUUGAAGUUGCAAGGGAUCGAAACCAGAAAGUCAACCUCUGAGGAUGUCCUCUCGGGAUGCGUUCAAUAUUUCGAUCGAAACCAGCGAAAGAUAUAUUGUUUCAAUGAUCUCCAAAGAUAUCUUAUCGAAUUAGAUGCAAACCUAUAUCAGAAAUUUGAGACCGAAGUGUUGAAAAUUGUUAAGGAAAGCAAAGGCUCUAAUGCGAUCCCACAAAUCAAUGCUUACAAACUAGAAUAUUCGUUCCAGCUUCAAUUUGAGAAUACCAAAACUGCAAUCUCAAAGGUGGAGGAUUUUGUCUGUCGCUGUUUACGUGACUUCAGAGAUGCCGGACGAGCGGAUGCCGGCGACACGCCUUCGACUAUUGAGGCAGAGCCAACAGAUGAUCUCUGCCUGCUCGCUGCUAUGGCUUUGAUGCGACUACAUGAAGCUGUAUCUGGUUCAAUGAUAAGCUGUGUUCUAGUCCAAGCAGCUGGAAUUCUCGAACAUUUGCUGCUUAAAUCACCACACAAUUACGAAGCCCUGUUACUGCUAGUCCGGAUAUACCUUCUCCUAGGCGCAGGAUCACUUGCCUUGAAGAGGUUCUCCAAACUUUCGGUAAAACAGAUACAGUAUGAGACAGUUUCUCAUAAUCUUUUUACACGACUCGCAACUAUCCAUCCCCAAAGCGCGCCACCAUCGGAAGACCUCGAUAGGAAAGACUAUGAUCCACAAAUGGGCCUCAGGCAGGCAUUGACCUUUUACCGAAAUGCCGAAGCUUCUACCACAUAUUCUCAGUCGACCGGGUUGGAGCACGGUAGCUAUAUUAACGUGGAGGGAAGCAUUGAACUUCAGAAUGACUUAAGGAACAGCAUCUGUAGGAAGAUGUGGGCAUUAGAAGCAAGACGUAUACAGCGACUUGUUGGAGGCCCAUCGACAAGUCAAUAUGAUAAGAUCGUCUUGAAUCAAAGUCCCCUUUCCGAUAAACGUAGCUUUGAGGGCUUGAUGAACUGUGAGCCUCGUGGGAAGCCAGCGUUUGAAGAGCGCGUAAGACUAGGGCCCCUGCAAAAAGCUCAUGCCAUAGAUGCUAUGGUUGCCACGGAUGCUCUGUUUAAUUUCCUAACGAAAACCCCGUCUAAAGGCUUGAAAACUCAAUUUUCUCAAUAUCUUGAUUUAGAUAUUGAUUCAGCAGCGAGCGAACUCACUCAAGCAGAGAUCGAGAAUACUAAGAUACACCUUCUUCUACUAAAGGGCCUGUCAGUCUUUACAGGAGAAACACCAUCUGAUUCCAGCACUGUGAACAACAUUCUCUCCAAGAUCGACUCCUACCUGGAAGGCAGGUUGAAGAGUUUGGUGAAUCCCGACUUCACGAGAAAUGGGACAAUAGACUUGACGCCCAAUUCAUCUCCUGCGUCGCCAGCUCCUUCAUGGAUAUUCCUGCACGGCGCCAUUCUAUUGCUCGAAACUCUCAAAGCCAUAUCACUCUUUAUCCCAUUUAUAAACAAGAAUAAAUCGUUCUCUUCCGGAGAUGCCAAAGCCAAGCUGGAAGCCCUCAAAGCUGGCGUCAAAUCUGCUUCAAAUGAGGUUAAAGUUCAAUGUCAGGGACUAAAGAUGCGAAUCUCUAGCUCUGGAAUGCUAGGCCAUCUUGUUGACAUCGUUAGUAUGCGGCCCGGUGGGAAGGCUGCAGAAUCAAAGGGAAGUCUAUCACUUGAUACUGAGAUCGAGGGGUUGAUGGAUGCGGCGUCUUUAGAAUUGUUCUGUGGCUCUCUUAUGGAAAGCUGGGACGAUGCACUUGACGGAGUUAUUUCGAUUUGCUCUACACUAAGAUGA